CUAAUCCAUUUGCCAGCACUACUUAGCCAAACUUAUUUUAACCAUCUUAGUUGUGUCAUGAAAAGUUUGAAUUAAUUCCUCCACCUGGUGGUUUAACUCCAUCGGUUGCAUGAUUAUGAGGAGUGACUUCUUUUCCUGCUUAAAGUAUUUUAAAGGCUGUUUAUCUGUUCAGUCUGUUAUGUAUUUGGAACUUGAUUUUUCAUUUUAACAGAUGGUCUAUUUAUAGGUUGCUAAUAUGGAUGCCUGUAUUUCUUCUUUAUCAUGAGCCUGUGUUACUUGUUCUCCUCGAUUUCCUAAUUAAUCUUGCAAAUUAUUUUGCUGGGGUGCAGUAUGUAAGACCUGGUGCAGCACCAAUGCCUGGGGCCACUGCAGGUGCUAUGGCACCUGGUCAAGUUCGUCCAGUUGUCAACAUGGUUGUCCGUGGUAGGGGUGAAUGGAGACCAGCUGGACUGAAAGCUGGUCCUCCCAUGCAAAAAGGCUUCCAACCUGGGUUUGGAAUGACUGGAUGGGGUAACGGUAUGGGACGAGGUUUUGGUGGUGGACUAGAAUUCACACUUCCUUCUCACAAGACCAUAUUUGACGUUGAUAUUGAUAGUUUAGAGGAAAAGCCAUGGAAAUGUUCCGGUGUUGAUAUUUCAGACUUCUUCAACUUUGGUCUGAAUGAGGAGAGGUGGCAAGAUUAUUGCAGACAACUGGAACAACGCCGCUUGGAGACAACCAUGCAAAGCAAAAUUCGUGUUUAUGAAAGUGGGCGAGCAGAGCAGGAUUAUGAUCCAGAUUUACCCCCAGAAUUGGCAGCAGCCACUGGUCAAGAGGUUCCAACUGACAGUGCAAAUCAUGGCAAGUCAGAUGGUAGACCAAAUGACCUAACAAAAGGAACUGCUCGUGUUCGACCUCCACUACCAACUGGAAGAGCAAUACAGGUUGAAGGUGGUUUUGGUGAACGUCUCCCCUCUAUCGAUACUCGACCACCUCGAAUCCGUGAUUCAGAUGCAAUCAUCGAGAUUGUCUGUCAGAAUUCUAUAGAAGAUGAUUCCUCCACUGGCAAUGAGGUUGCAGAAAAUACAGAAAAUGAUCGUCCAAGACAUGAUCUUAGUGGAGAUAAUGAAGUUGAAGAUGAUGUUAGACAGUCACGCACUGAAUAUUUUGAUGGUUUUCAAGAAGCUUAUAGGAGCAGAAAGAGAGAGGCAGUCGGAAGGAGGAUGCCAUUCGCAAAUUCUGUUCAUGAUAACAUGCCUGAAGUCAAUGUGAUUUCACCUUACCCUGUGGAAGCACAUCUUCAAUACAGUCCUGGUUCUAGGGGUCAGAGUCCAAUGUAUCCUAGUGGAAACUUUGGCAUUGCACAUGAUGAUAGGCAUGGACAGGGAAGAACACGUGACAGAUCCCCUCAAACCACACAUAGUCGAAGUAGACAGGAUGAGAUCAGUGAUAAUCAGGAGGAAUCAGUUGAAAGUUUGGCUGGUAUGUCCCCUAAUCCAGUUAGAGAUGCCAGGGAGUUUAGUGUGGAGUGUAAAACUGCUGCAGAUGAUAAGCUUGUGUCAGCUGAUAGAAGCCCUGUAAUGGACAAGGAUGAAAUUUCAAACAAAACUGUUAAAGAUGAAACUUCACUUUCUUCCACCAAAAAACAGAAAGUAGGCUCUCAAGUUGAACAAAGAAUGAUUCAGGAACUUGACGAGGAGCCAAAGGCUGCCAGAAGUAGUGAGAACAGCAAAGCAAGAUCUGGCAGCAGCAGAGAUUAUCAGAAGUGGCAAGAUGGCACUGAGGAUGAAGUUGUUCAGGACAGAGGGUCUACUCACAUGGCGACCAAGAGAGAUCUUGAUGAAAAUGAUCAGAGAUCUCAUAGCAGAGAUCAUGAUGGAAGAUAUGAGACAGAAAGAAGCCGGAUGGGAGCUAAAGUUGGGGAGGAUUCUUAUCCUAAGAGACAAUAUGAUCCUAGCUCAUCACGUAAUUUGUAUGUGAAAGCAGAUGGUUUUGAAAGGCAAAGGGAACGUGAUGUUGCUGAUUGCAAUUCCCAACGAAGAGAUGAUGAUCCUUAUGGCAGGAAAAGUAGAACUGAAGACUUGAGGAAGAGAGAGCGUGAUGAUGAAAUUGGUUCUAGGCACAGACCCAAGGCUCGAGAAACUGAGAGGUCUGACAGAGAUGAUCAUCUUCAUUCAAGAAAACAUAGAAGAAGAAAGGAUGAGGAGUAUCUUAGAAGGGACCAUGCUGAAAAAGAGGAAAUGUUGCACAGCCACAGAGAAUCCAGCAGUCGUAGGAAACGAGAAAGGGAUGAGAUUUUAGAUCAGCGGAAGAGAGAUGAGCAACAAAGAAUUAGAGAGAACUUCGAGGAACAUCACUCUGUUAGACAUAAAGAUGAGGUCUGGUUGCAGAGAGAGAGAAAUGACAGGCAGCGGGAGAGGGAAGAAUGGCCUAGGCUAAAACAAUCCCACGAAGAGAAUUUAUCAAGGCGGGACAGAGAAGAAGGCCGGGGUACUGUGAAAAGUGUGCGUGGUUCGGAAGAAAAGGCAUGGGUUGGUCAUGCUAGGAUGAAGGAUGAUUAUAAAGGUUCUGAUAAAGAAUACCCACUUAAAGAAACAGUGCGGCAUGGUGAGCAAGUGAAAAGAAGGGAACGAGUUGAGGAUGGAAGUUUCUCACACCACAGAGGACGUGAUGAUGUUUAUGCACGUGGUAACCAAUUAGGUAAUAAUGAGAGAAAAGCCAGGCAGGACAAAUCAAGUACUCGGAGUGAUCGUGCCCUUGAUAUUUCGGAUAACCAAAGGGUGCACGAGAAGAAACACAAGGAAGGCAUGAGGAAGAACAGAGAAUCUGAAGGUGGAGAUCCAAAUGCUUUGAACUCUUCUAAGAGAAAUCAAGAAGACAUUAGUGGUAACACUAACAUCAACGAGAUGGGCUUAAAAAGCACCAAUGACAAAAAUGAGAUCCCAGUGCAUCAUGACUCUUCCAGGAAACACAGGGAAAAUGCUUCUUCAGAUGAUGAACAGGAAUCAAAGAGAGGGCGCUCAAAAUUGGAGCGUUGGACUAGCCAUAAGGAGAGGGAUUUCAGUAUCAACAGUAAGUCAUCAGCUUCCCUGAAGUUUAAGGAGCUUGACAAGAAUAACAAUGUGGGAUCUUCAGAACCCAGCAAGAUUCCUGAUGAAGCCAUGAAGUCUGUUGAGCCUUCUGAUAAUGAACAUCCAAUGGCUGUAGAUAAUGUUGUUUGUGAUCCGGAGAUAAAGGAUGCUGAUACAAAACCUUUGGAGGACCGGCACCUUGACACAGUUGAGAAGCUGAAGAAGAGAAGCGAGCGGUUCAAGCUUCCAAUGCCAAUUGAGAAAGAUCCACUAGCAAUAAAGAAGAUGGAGAGUGAAGCACUGCCUUCAGCCAAAACUGAAACUCCUACAGAUUCAGAGAUCAAGCCAGAGAGGCCAGCCCGGAAAAGGAGGUGGGUCAGCAACUAAUUUGGAAACCGGAUAACAAAUAUUAUUUGCUGCAUUACUAUCCUGAAUCCAGAGAUCUUCAAUCAUUUUGAUCCCAGAUGUCGUCAUAAUGGCCCCUUGUACCUCAUCAUAUAAUCUUGUAACAAGGCUGCUUCCAUUUACUUUUCUUUGAAUAUUAUGUGUAUGCACUGGAACAUGUAACAUGAACUGGUCACAAAUAGUGGCUCAGGUUUCAUUUAGUGCAAAUUUGUAAUGCAGUACACAGAUUGUUUAAAUCUGGGUUGGCCAAAGUGACGGCUAACGGGGACCAGACAGGGCAGAAGCCAGUGUCGUCAGAGGGGAGACUCUCUUGAUGCUUGCAUUGUCCACCGUGGAAAAUUUUGAACGAAAACAGAAGAGCGGACGAGAUGAUUAGCUAUGGCUGGAGUAAAGCUGGGAAAAGGAUUGGUAUGGAUGAUUCAAUUGUCUGUGUACUACAGCCUGACUAGAAAUAACCGUUAAUUUCCUUUUCUUUCAAUUCUGUUGUAGUUGUUGUCUCCCCCACAUGUUGUGGCGGAAUGCCUGAAACACAUGUUUAUGUUCUAUACUUGAGCUACAGGUGUAGAUUAUGAAAGGUAAUUGAAGAAACAAUUUAAGAACUC